CUUUACCUCUCGCUGGGGAGUGGAUUCCACAUAUUGCUAUGAUAUUUAGGACGUUUCUGAGACUGGCAGUCCCCAUGGUGCGGAUAUCAUAGCAGAGGCGUCUGGCUGUCCCGUUAAUCACACCGAUAUAAGCUGCGAGAGCCUCUGAUAUUCCACUGUCCACCAUGUCGCAAUGGCUACAACGACACACCUCUCCAACAGUUCAGCUAAGCCUUGCAGCAGCCCUUGGAGCUAUUGCUGCUACCUCAGUCAUAUUCACAGCUACAUCCAUACGCCGCCGUCGGAUUACUGAAGAACUGAAAGCCUCCAUACCCGACAUUUCAAAAGAACACCAUGCGACGCCAUUGACAGAAUAUGGCGCUGCUAUGCGCCCUAGCAUUACCAACAAGGAGGACGAACGGGCGGCGCAGAUCGCAGCGAGGGCACGAAAGGGUGACUUCGACGAAGAGCUCAUACUCGAACAGCUUGCUCGGAACAGGGUGUUCUUGAAAGAUGAAGGGCUGGCGAAACUGCGGGACGCAUUUGUCGUGGUCGUCGGGCUUGGUGGUGUGGGAAGUCACUGCGUAGCGGCUCUGGCAAGGAGCGGAGUCUCCCGGAUCCGCAUCAUUGACUUCGACCAGGUCACCUUGAGCAGUCUGAACCGGCAUGCUUUGGCGACGUUGGCAGAUGUUGGCACACCCAAAGUUCACUGUGUGAGGAAGAGGCUGGAGCAGAUAUGCCCUUGGGCAAGGAUCGACUGUCGGAACGAGCUGCUGAGCUCGCAGACGACAGAGCCAUUGCUUGCGAAGUGGGACUUUGAAGUCCGAGAUGACGAGGACUGCAAGGAGCCUGAUUGGGUCGUUGAUGCGAUUGAUAACAUUGAUUCCAAGGUCGGACUGCUACAUUAUUGUGCUCUCAAGGGCAUCAAGGUCAUCAGCUCGAUGGGCGCAGGCUGCAAGAGUGAUCCGACCCGAAUACAGGUUGGAGACAUUUCAACUAGUGUUGAAGAUCCAUUGUCCAAGGCUACGAGGCGAAGAUUGCGGGCCAAAGGAAUCAAGGAUGGCAUUCCAGUGGUGUUCUCCACUGAAAAGCCUGGCGAAGGCAAAGCUGAAUUGCUGCCAAUUGCAGACGAGGAGUAUGAGAAAGGCAACGUCGACAAACUUGGUGUACUACCCGAGUUCAGAGUCAGGAUAUUGCCAGUCCUGGGCACAAUGCCCGCUAUGUUCGGAUAUACCGUGGCGAACCAUGUCAUGUGCAGCAUCGCUGGGUAUCCGAUGGACUAUCGCGUUGGGGAAAGGGGACGCGAGAAAUUGUACGAUAGCAUCCUAUCGGGCUUGCAAGGGCUGGAAGAGCGCCUUGUCAGGUCUACACCAGGCCAAGACGCUGUUGGCCUGCGAAUACCGAUCAGUCGGGAAGACGUGGCUUAUCUCGUGGAAGAAGUCUUCAGAGGUAGGAGCGUCGUCUCCGGCCUAGGAAACCGACUCGCUUUGACUAGAUGGCGGAAACCCGCUGAAGGCUUCCGAGUCGAUGAGACCUAUUUGAAAGAUGGUCAAAAGAUGAUCAAGCUGCCGAUGGCAGACCUCGUACUCAUGACCAAAGAGGAAGCACAGAAACAUGAAAGGGAGGUGCUCCGUGGCAGUACUGCGCCGGAAGACCUCUACGAGCCGGCUGUCUUGAAUACAGUCGAACGCAGGCAUCGUGAAGAGCUGGCGUACGAGAGGUACAGGUAGUCACUCCGCUUCUGGAUCUCAAGACACCUUCAAUAUCAAACGCGUGUCGCCAAAGGAUUGUCUCAGCUGCUCCUCAAUACCAGCAAUUUCACUUGAAGCAAGAUCCAUCAUCCUCAAUGUCGCCGUUCUUUCAAUUCCGAAAGUCCAU